GCGAUGUCUGGUCCUCACUUCCAACUUGGAAGAAUCUGCAGAUAAUGUCUGCAGCGCGCAAUGCAGGAGUUUCAUCAACGCGACACUGGACACAUGCGCUGAAUACGGCGCAAUCACGGAGAGCCUGAAGGUGUUCCAAGCUUAUCAAAAUGCUCUUGCAUGUGGCUCAGAUGCUGAAGCAGAGUUCUUCUCCAGAUCCUACAGCUCCAUCAUGGUCUUUGUCUCUGCUACGCAAAGUGUAGCAGGCCGUUGUGGGUUCAAUGAACCAGAGGUUUGA